UCGCUCAGCAUUUAGGCCCACGUCUCUUCAGAGGAACUUUUUUACUGACGAUGACAACGAACAGGAUGAAAAGCAGCGCAGCGCUUUGCGCAUCAAACGGACACAUUCAGAAGCCUAAAGCCGUGGAGGAGCGGGGCCACUGGGGCACCAAGGCGGAGUUCAUCCUCACCGUGAUGGGGGCAAUUAUCGGACCUGGGAAUAUUUGGAGGUUUCCAUACCUGUGCUACAAGAACGGAGGGGGUGUGUUUUUCAUCCCAUACACCGUGUUCAUGUUUACGUGUGGAAUACCCUUGUUCUUUCUUGAAACUGCGUUGGGGCAGUUCACCAGCCAGGGGGGGAUCACAUGCUGGAGGACGAUUUGUCCGCUUUUCCAAGGCAUCGGUUAUGCCAGUCAUCUUAUCAUCGCAUUCAGCGCCACUUCAUACAUCAUAAUCCUUGCUUGGGCGUUUUUUUACCUGUUCUCCUCCUUCAGCUCAGACUUGCCAUGGGCUUCAUGUGGAAAUUACUGGAACUCAGACUCAUGUUUUGACAACCAUCUGAAUCUGAGCCUGGAAUCACGACUGAACACUACGCUCCCAGUUGUAGAGUUCUGGCAACAUCGAGUUCUGAAGAUCUCUGGUGGGAUCGAGGAGGUGGGCGGAGUUAGGUGGGAACUGGCGCUGUGUCUCAUCCUGAGCUGGAUCAUCUGCUACUUCUGUGUCUGGAAAGGAAUCAAGUCAACAGGAAAGGCAGCGUACUUCACAGCCACCUUCCCUUAUGUCAUGCUGUUUAUUCUGCUGAUACGAGGCGUGACCCUCCCUGGAGCUCUGGAUGGGAUCAUUUAUUAUCUCUACCCUGAUAUCUCUCGCCUCUCAGAUCCCCAGGUCUGGAUGGACGCUGGUACUCAGAUCUUCUUCUCCUAUGCAAUCGGCCUUGGAUUCCUCACUUCUCUUGGGAGUUAUAACUCCUUCAACAAUAACUGUUACAGGGACUGUUUCUACUUGUGUCUGCUGAACAGCGCCACCAGCGUUGUGGCUGGCUUUGCCAUCUUCUCCGUUUUGGGCUUCAUGACGUAUGAACAAGGCGUGGACAUUUCUGAAGUAGCAACAUCAGGCCCUGGGUUGGCAUUCAUUGUGUUUCCGCGCGCUGUGGCCAUGAUGCCCAUGCCUCAGGUGUGGUCCGUGUGUUUCUUCCUCAUGAUCAUUCUGCUUGGACUAGACAGCCAGUUUGUUGGUAUAGAGUGUGUGAUGACGUCUCUGGUCGAUCAUUUCCCUUCUUACCUGCAUCAAGGCUACAGGCGGGAGCUGCUUCUGCUUCUUUUGUCCUGCAUCUUCUGCAUGUUUGGAAUCUCACUUGUCACUGAGGGUGGGAUUUACCUGCUGCAGCUGUUGGACCAUCAUGUCUGCAGCGGCUCUACUCUGCUGAUCCUCUCGUUCUGCCAGUCUGUCAGCAUUGGUUGGGUCUAUGGUUCAGACCGUUUCAACGAUAACAUCAAAGAGAUGAUUGGCUAUCAUCCAUUUUCAUUCAUGAAGUACUGUUGGCAGUACAUAACUCCUCUGGUUUGCUUUGGAACCUUCAUCUUCUCGAUUAUCAAAUAUACCCCACUGAAGUUCAGUAACUCCUACAUUUAUCCGCUAUGGGCAAAUGUCCUGGGAUGGUUUUUUGCCACAGUUUCUCUUUCGCUCAUCCCGCUGUUUGUGCUUUUCAAAUUAAUCAAAGGCCAAGGCACACUCCGACAGCGUUUCCUAUUGCUCUGCAAGCCCGUCGCUACCUUGGACCAAACACGCAGCACUUCCACACCGAAACGUGACGCCAGCGCUCCGUACACAGAGCUCAAACCUCUGACCCAGACGGCCGGACUCACUCAGUUAGAACCAACAAACUGCUCACCCGAGAGGCUGGCCAUCUACUAGCAGAGAUCCAGGUCUGAGUCACUGAGCAACAAAAUCCUUCAAACCACAAUCUACCUUCAACCACACCUCAAGGAAAUUUUAUAUUGAUAUUUUCUGAGAAAGUGUAUUUUAAGUAUAUAUUUUCAUACCUAUAUUUGUAUAUAUAUUCAUGUUAUCAUCAUUGGAGCUACCGGGUUUGCUGUGGUUGAACAAGAACAAAGAUGUAAACAAAGCAAAUUAUAGGGGACAUUAGGUGUAAAUAUCCAGCAAAAUAUGGAUUAUAGAUUUUGCCGUUUUAAGUAUGAUUAUGCAUGUCAGCUUUGAACACUGAAUAUUUAUGUAAAGCACUGUGCAGAAGAUGUUUUCUUUUUUUCCUAGAAUCGUUCAUGCUGAAGCAUUAUUAUUACAUUCCGCAGCAGCAAGUCUCAAGACUAUCCAACCAAUUGUUAGAAUGCAUCAACGCCCUAACGCGUUCACACUUUGAUCUGUGUCAGUCAGACACCAAAUUAAUAAAAUAUCUCUUUCAUCUGCCUCACACUGGACCCAUCUUGCCUCAGAGCAGAAUACUACAGAAGCUCGGUCACAUCUCCGAUCCAGUGGACCACAUCGAGUCACGAAGGCUCAGUCAGAUACCACAUUACAGGUUUACAUGAGCCCCAACAUGUUCAAGGCCUAUUAGCAAGGGUGUGAAGAAAUUAUAUUGAGGUUGGAAGUAAAACUGACAAAUAUAAAUGAGAUGAAGCUAGCAGGUGUUUGUCAUUUACUCACAUGCCUUUGUUGGAGAUGCCCAGGAGGCCAGCAAAACAUUUCACACGAGUCAUGCACAUUACAACAUCACUUAAACAUUUAAACAUGCUGUAAAGACUAAUCAGACUGAAUCUGUUCAAACUUAAUUGCUUUGUAAAUGGGUGUGUGGUUUAAUAUAACUUUCUAAUAAGGGUUUUUUUGUUCAUAAUCUUGAGAGGUUUUUUUCUGGUAUCUGUGUUGCCCUGAGCAACUUUUGUCACUUUGUAUUGGUUGUUCAUUCUAACUUUGGAUCAAAUGGUUUCAGAUGAACUCUUUGUUUUUGCAAAGCUACAAUAAAACAUGUAUUCAAACCAGUAUGAAUAUUGUAAUAAACAAAAAUGGGAUUCAGUUCAGCUCAUUAUUUAUUAUCACCAGAUGCAUUUCAAGUAGGUGAAAAUUCAAGAUUCAACUCUGACCAGUGAUGGCAAUGGAAAAGGAACAUAAUGAAAUA